AUGUCCGCCCUAAAUUUUGCAAGGCAGGCCUUUGGCAGGGAGAAACCUCGUUCCUCGAUCACUGAUUGGGUCGAAAUCUUGACAUCGGCGGGCAUCGAGGAGGAAGCGUACGACGGCAUCCCAGAACUAGUCGAUUCGAUCAACCUCCAACCCACCGGUCCAGCAGAAGCGUCACGGGCACUCAGGAAGAAACUCAAGCAUGGCAGUCCACAUCAGCAGUACCGUGCUUUGGUGCUUCUCAAGGCUCUUGUGGAAAAUUGUGGUCACAAAUUCCAGACCACGUUCGCGGAUGGGCAUCUCACCGAUGCACUGAAGCAGAUUGCAAAUGAUUCCCAAACUGAUAGGAGAGUGAAGAAAAAGCUGAUUCUCGUGCUCACCUCUUGGCGUGAUCAAUUCAAGUCGGAUCCUUCCAUGUCUCUCGUUGCGGGCUUGCUCAAGCAAUGUCGCGGAACCGGUCAGCGUCUCAGCCAGGCAGAGCUGACCACGUUGGCGGGUUUGCACGGCGUUUCGGAAGAUAAGAAAAAGAGCGAAAAGGAAGAAUUAAAGAAGAAGGCAAAGCAAGAGAAGGAAGCGAAAGAACGAGCGCGGAGAGAACUGGAAGCACAGCGGAGCGUUAAGACGAAGCGCGUUCCCUUCAAUUUUGAGAAGGAUAAACCGAAAGUUCUGGCGAGUAUCGUUGACGCUUCUCAAGCAUCUAGUAAUCUCGUCAACUCUAUCACACAACAGCUCGUAAACCCAGAGGUGGACAGUCUUCUGACAAACGAACGCGUCCAGGACUGUCUACAGAAAGCCAAACAGGCCGCAAAGGUUGUUGUUCGCUAUAUUCAGCUCGUUGAGAACGAAGAGCUGAUCGGUACACUUAUCGAAACCAACGAACGGAUCGUGGCAGCGUUAGAAAUGUACGACAAGCUGUCAACGACAGAUCCCAGUUCAGACGCAGAUAUCUCUCGCGCCAUCACAUCAGGGCUAGCUGCUGCCAAUAUCACAGAUGAAAGGGAGGUGGCCAAGUUGCAGGGAAAGCAACGCGCUGCUGUGGCAAAAGCACAGUUGACGAAAGGAAAAGACAAUCCUGUCCAGCUUUACCCUGACUUGGAGGAUCUUAACUUUGGACCUCUGGGAGCUUCUUCGACAAACCUUCCUCCACCAAUACGACCUUCAGCUCUUUCAGACGACGGAGAGCAGGACGAUAUCGAAAAGAGAGGAUCAUUAUCAGAUUUUAGCGACUAUGAGUCAUCGGAUGAGGAAACCCACAAAGCCGUUGCUGGACCCUCCUCGAAGCGAAAUUAUGUAACAGUUUCUGACGACGACGAUGGAUUUGCAACUAUCGCUCGCGAAGCAGCAUCUACCACAAGUGUGGAACGUAUAGAAGAUGACGGCUGUUCAGUCGGCAUAGAAUUGGAUUUUACUGGUUAA